AUGACCGACAAGAGUCUCGCACUCUCACCACGGCCUCACUCGAUGCCUCAUGUAUCAGAGCAGGACGGAGAGUGUAUUGACAGCACUCGUGUGGUCGUGCGCACUACAUUGAAAGGACCGAUAGCGAGAUGGAAAUUUAGAGAGUCGGUAGUGACAAUGCAUAAUCCACUUAUGCCCGAGCCUCAACUCGAGUACCGUACAACCGCGAUGUUGCGUGCUUCAAAGAACCUCGCUUUUGGAAAAGUCUAUGCCAACUCCAAGUUUUGCGAUUCGAUGAGCUUCUCGCCGGCAGUACCCGAUACCUCGAACAAGCAGGAUGAGUUCGACCGACAACAUUUGGUGGAAAUCCAAAUCCCACAGGAAGUGAUCGUGGCUCACCAGCAGGCUGGAGGCAUCAACUCAUGUUUCGAGAUCGAGUGUCAAAGAUAG